AUGGGUUUAAACCGAGCUCUACAGCAAGAAGGGGCUUCCAAGGCGCUAUUGGAUUUUAUUGUAGAGAAUGAACAAAAAUUGCAGUCGAUGACUUUUGAAGAUGGCACUGCUUUUAUUGUACGCACGCAAGAGCAAGACCUGGAGGAUAAUGCAUACCGGCAGGUGUUAGCGUGCAUGAAGCUGAAGCCAUCGGUCCCGCUUGGUACUCAGAUUCAUGAUUUUGAACGCAAGGUUGAAUUCAUGGAAAUGUGA